UUUCUCCUGAUCAGAGAGAGAAGAAGUCAUGGCGAGAACCAAGCAGACCGCCCGUAAAUCCACCGGAGGCAAAGCCCCCAGGAAGCAGCUGGCCACCAAGGCUGCCCGUAAGAGCGCCCCGGCCACCGGCGGCGUGAAGAAGCCUCACCGUUACAGGCCCGGUACCGUGGCUCUGAGAGAGAUCCGUCGCUACCAGAAAUCCACCGAGCUGCUGAUCCGCAAGCUGCCCUUCCAGCGCCUGGUCCGAGAAAUCGCUCAGGACUUCAAGACCGACCUGCGCUUCCAGAGCUCCGCUGUCAUGGCUCUGCAGGAGUCCAGCGAGGCUUACCUGGUCGGCCUGUUUGAGGACACCAACCUGUGCGCCAUCCACGCCAAGAGGGUCACCAUCAUGCCCAAAGACAUCCAGCUGGCCCGCAGGAUCCGUGGAGAGAGAGCUUAAAGUCACCCGCUACCACACCAUAACAACAAAACGGCUCUUUUAAGA